AUGAAUCAUGUAAGAAGAAACACUUUUCAAUUCAAGUACAAGAAAGUGGACCUUGACAGUUUGAAGAAGUUGAGUGUCAAAGUGAUCACGCUCACUGAAUUGGUGGACGAUUAUGUGAGGAUCCUGACUCCUACUUUGGAAGAGUUAGAGAGAAUUGUGGGCCGGAAUUUGAGGGACCAUGAUCCAUUUCCCAAGUUUGAUGAAGGUAUCACUGCCAAGAGAAUAACUUCAGUUUUGGGUCUGGAGGUCCAAUUGGUUAUAAGUAAUUGGGAUAAGAAGGGAGUCUUAAAUGGUUUUUCUAGAUGGUUUUUGGAAGAACAAGCUGUGAAGUUGGAGAAAGAUGGAAAACAGAAAGCAUUCCAUGUCGUGCUAGCCCUAUUGGUUUAUGGGAUAGUACUGUUUCCAAAUCUCGGCAGUUUCGUAGAUCAUGUGGCCGUAAGAAUCUUCCUCUCUGGUAAUCCAGUACCUUUUCUCUUAGUUGAUAUCUGUUACGCCCUCCAUGAGCGUCGUGAGAAGAAAGGGGGAACCCUUUUAUGUUGCGAACAGUUGUUGCAUACUUCGUUCAGAUCUCACAUGCCCGAAAAAGGACCCUACACCUCAAAAACACUUAAACCCUCUCAGAAGUUAACCUCCAUUAUUGCCAACCAUGUCAAAUGGUAUAUCAGAGAUUGGGAGACCCCGAAUAUUAUUGUUAGCAUUGGAGACUUUCCUAAUUUACUUUUGAUAGGGACUAGCGGUUGCAUCAACUACAACCCUAUGUUAUCCCUGAUGCAACACGGUUACUCCAUGAACGGACCUCCAAAAGUUGAAGCUUUAGAGCCUUUCAUUUUGCACGACAUUGAUGCAGACAACCCAAUUGUGAAAAAGAUUAAGAAAUCCUGGAAAAUAAUUGUUAGAAGGGGUAAGGAGUUUGGAAAGAGGAAUGUCCUUGUGAAAGAGUCUUACACUCGUUGGCCAGAACCUAUAUUACCUGAAGACGUUGAAAAGCUCAAUGCCAAAAUUAAGGAGCUUGAAUUAGAAAACUCUGAGUUACAACUUAAGCUUAAUCGAACCACUUUGGAAAAUGAAAAUAUGAAGGAUGAACGUCAAGAGAAAGACCGAGACCUUGAAGCUAGCAACAAGAGAUCAAGAACAUUUGAAGACAAGAAGGAUGAGCUUGAUGAUAUUCUCAUAGGUACUGUAGCGGUAAAUUCAUGA